GAUCGCCAUUUUCGAGCCAACAAAGGUAGCAUUGCAUGUGUUUGGUCAGAGACACGGUCCCGCUACAGUGUUAUCCUAUCUCGUAGCAGAAGAACCAGAGCCAGAGCAGCUAGCAAAGCAAAAAUGGAUCGAGUAAUGCAGGCACCCUACGAUGCUACCGUCCGAUUCGCUCUGGCGUCACUGGAAAGGAAUCUGUUGCCGGACGCCGUUAUACGACGGUUCACGCGCUUGCUCUUAGCUAGCCGGCUACGCACCGGUUACCAGCCUUCCUCUGAGCUCCAGCUCUCCCAACUCCUCCAGUUCGUUAAGUCUCUGAAGGAGAUGCCAAUAGCUAUCAAGACUGAUGAUGCUAAAGCUCAACACUAUGAAGUACCGACUUCUUUCUUCAAGAUGGUGCUUGGAAACAAUCUCAAAUAUAGUUGUUGUUACUUCACUGAUAAGUCAAGCAGCUUGGAGGAUGCUGAGAAGGCCAUGUUGGAGAUGUACUGUGAGAGGUCGCAGAUUAAAGAUGGCGAUAGUGUUCUUGAUGUGGGGUGCGGAUGGGGAUCACUGUCUCUGUACAUUGCUGAGAAGUAUAAGAAUUGCAAGGUUACUGGGAUAUGCAAUUCAGCAACACAGAAGGCUUUUAUAGAAGAGCAGUGUAGGAAUCGUCAGCUGGAGAAUGUGGAGAUCAUUGUUGCAGAUAUCAGCACAUUUGAGAUGGAGGCAUCAUAUGACAGAAUAUUUUCCAUUGAAAUGUUUGAGCACAUGAAGAACUACAAGGAUCUUCUGAAGAAGAUAUCCGGGUGGAUGAAACAGGACGGCCUUCUGUUUGUCCAUCAUUUCUGUCACAAAGCAUUUGCUUACCACUUUGAGGAUAAAAGUGAUGAUGACUGGAUUACUAGAUACUUCUUCAGUGGAGGUACAAUGCCUUCGGCAAAUCUACUACUGUAUUUCCAGGAUGAUGUUUCUGUUGUCGAUCAUUGGCUUGUCAAUGGGAAGCAUUAUGCACAAACAAGUGAAGAAUGGCUGAAGAGAAUGGACCAUAACUCAGCUGCCAUAAAACCAAUUAUGGAGUCAACUUAUGGCAAGGAUUCAGCUGUGAAGUGGACUGUGUAUUGGAGAACUUUCUUUAUUGCGGUUGCAGAACUCUUUGGCUACAACAACGGAGAAGAAUGGAUGGUUGCUCUCUUCCUAUUCAAAAAGAAAUGAAGCAGCCAGAGCUCUAUUUCAGUACAUCUCU